AACCCAACCCAAACGGCCGGAGAAAAGAAAGCGGCCGGAGAGAAUUAUCAUAUAUAUAUACAGAUGAUUUAUAAAUAUAAAUAAUAAAUAAUAAAGAUAAAUGAAUAAAGGGUCUGACAGGAGAGUGCAGAAAUGGUUUUGACAUCGAUGGAGAUGGCGGCAUCUUCUCAUCUUCCUCCCCUUUCAACUUUUAAAUCAGUUUCUUCUUCUUCAACAUAUCGUGCUGCUGCUGCUGCUCCUUUUUUCCCAUUUAGAGGUUCCCAUCCGUCUCUUCGUAAUAGAAGACGGCAAUGCUUCUCUUGUAUGGCUGUUGUUAGUGGGUCAUCCACAGUUCCAGAUGAUUCUCUUAAAGAACGUACAGCGAGUACAAAACAGAUUAAUAUUACUACUAGGCAUGAAGUGCCCAACACAGAAGAACCUGAUGCUCCUGAAUCUUUAGACAGGUCUAAAAUGAUUCGAGUUUGUGACAAAUUAAUUGAUGUUUUUAUGGUUGAUAAACCGACUCCAACAGACUGGAGAAGAUUAUUAGCGUUCAGCAAGGAAUGGGAUAAUAUCCGCCCUCACUUCUAUAAUCGAUGUCAAGACCGAGCGGAUACUGAGAGUGAUUCUGGGAUGAAGCACAAAUUACUUCGGCUUCGUAGAAAGCUGAAAGAGAUUGAUGAUGAUGUGGUAAGACACAAUGAACUUCUUCAUGUUAUCAGAAAUGCACCAUCUGAGAUGAGUGAAAUUGUUUCCAGACGUCGUAAAGAUUUUACAAAGGAAUUUUUUGUUCAUCUUCACACAGUUGCAGAAUCUUAUUAUGAUAAUCCAGCUGAACAAGAUGCUAUUGCAAAACUUGGAAACAUGUGUUUGGCUGCUGUUCAAACAUAUGAUACUGCAACUGAAAGUAUUGAAGCACUAAAUGCAGCAGAGCUGAAAUUCCAAGAUAUUAUCAAUUCUCCUUCUUUAGAUGUUGCUUGCAGGAAAAUUGACAGUUUGGCAGAGAAAAAUCAGCUUGAUUCUGCCUUGGUCCUCAUGAUUACGAAAGCUUGGUCAGCUGCCAAGGAUUCCAACAUGAUGAAAGAUGAAGUCAAAGACAUAUUAUAUCAUUUAUACAUGACGUCUAGAGGUAAUCUUCAGAGGCUCAUGCCUAAAGAGAUUAGGAUACUUAAGUAUGUUCUUACCAUUAAUGAUCCUGAAGAGAGGUUGGGUGCUCUAAGAGAUGCUUUCACCCCUGGGGAGGAGCUUGAAGGAAAGGAUGUUGACUGCUUGUACACGACACCUGUGGAGCUGCACACUUGGAUAAAAACAGUGGUUGACGCAUACCAUUUCAGCAGAGAAGGCACUCUGUUAAAAGAAGCCAGGGAUCUGAUGAAUCCAAGAAUGAUACAGAAACUGGAGGAAAUAAAGAAGAUAGUAGAAGACAAGUUUAUGUAAAGCCGAGUGGUAACCUUGAGUAUUCACAUUUCACUGUCAGCGACUCACUUGUAUUACAAAGACGUACACUGCCCUUUUUUUGUGUGUUGAUUAACGAAAGAAAUGAAUCGGCAACUGGAGAUAUAUUAAUAUGAAUUGCUUAGGAUAUCAUAAAUAGUUAUUUUAGCACUGUAUAUGUAAAAGACGGGAUUAGAAACCAAGAUUCAGCUUCUGCACAAGGAACAAUGAAUUCUCCAACGCUCUAAUCUUAUUUAUGUUUUAGGGCC